GAGACCGUGACGCUGCCCGGGCGACACUUCGACGUCCCGCUGCGCGUGGACAUCGCGCACAGGGUGGUGGUGUGGCAGCGAAGCAAACGACGGGGCAACUACGCAAAGACGCUGACGCGAUCGGAGGUGAGCGGGACGACCCGGAAGGCGAGGGCGCAGAAGGGCGCGGGGCGCGCGCGGGUCGGGACGCUCAGGGCGCCGCAGAUGCGCGGAGGCGGGGUGGCGCACGGUCCGAGCGGGAUGCGCAACUGGAACACCAAGCUGCAGAGACGCGUGCGACGAGCGGGGCUGCAAGUGGCGCUCUCCGCAAAGGCUGCGGAGGGGAGGAUCGUGGUCCUCGACUCGCUCCACCGGGGCGUCGAGCCGAAGACCCAGUGGCUGGACGGCGCGCUGGACACCCUCCUCGGCGCGCAAAAACUCCCUACGACGCACUCCAACGCCAAGCGCGCGUCGCUCAACUUACCCCACGUGCAGGUCAUGGACCAGUUCGGCCUGAACGUGUACGACGUGCUGCGGCACAGGAGUCUGGCCAUCACGCGCGACGCCCUCGACGCGCUCGUUGCGAGGCUG